ACCCAAUUUCAAAAUGGAUUGCCAGUACAGAACAGAGGCUCAAGACUUAGUAGAGAUGAAAGAGACUGAAGAUUUCUACACCAAAGUCAUGGGCUCAGUCAUGAAGAAGUUGAGGUAAAGAAGGAAAGAUCCAGAGGUACCCUUUGGAUAUGCUAGAGGGCAAUUGGAAGGCAAUCUUGUUUAACCCCAAUUAUUAUACAGAAGCUCAGUGUGAAGAACAACCUUUGGAUAGAACAAAGGUCCCUAAGUCAUCAGAAUUUGCUGGGGAAGGGAGGAGUCAGCAGGAGAUUCAUGUGUUAGGACAAGAGAAUUGUCUCAGAGAGUUUAGAAAUGAUGGUGGGAACUAUCGUUUUACUGAUGAUUCAGAAUGUAGUGAGUCCAGUCAAGAAGACCCUGACUUGAAGUUGUUUGUAAAUAAGUCUGGAGAGUUAUGGAAUAGUAGCAAGCCCUCAGAUAUGCCUUCAAAAGAUCCUCCUUUUAUAUCCUUCAAACCCUGUUUUAGAUCUUGUCCUGUCCAAGAAUUUGAAGAGUCUGAAGAAACCCAUGUGAAAAAUAAAAGUUCAGUGUUAGAAAAAUUUGAACAAAAGAUGAGAGAAGAAGUUAAAGAAGGGCCACCAGUCGAAGAAAAGGUGGAGCUUUUGGACAACGAAGAAGGACUAGAGAGUGUGAGCAUUGAACAGCCAAAAUAUAUUCCUAAAAACUCAUUGAUCUGCAAUCAUACAACCAUAUCAAAAAAUAAAUCAGGAAUUCGUUAUGGAGAGCUUCAAGAUUGCAUGCUUACACUAAAUGGCUAUGAGUAUAUCUUCAACAAGAUUAACUUCAGGAUCAGAGACCCGAAAGAAACUUAAGAUAAGCCAAAUUAAGCAUUUCAACAAUUUUUAGUCUAAAGG